AGAUGGUGCGGGGAAGGGAGCGAUGGUUGGUUAUUGCACGGGGACGACGAUGUGUAUGGUUCGUAAGGGUUCAAAGGGCACCACGACAAGUAAAAUGGGUUCGUUUCUUUGUUGAUUGAUUGGUUUGGGAAUCUCUGACGCUUCCUUACUCCCCGAUUCUCCCGCUUCCUUCCAUCACCUAUUUUCCCGCUCACCCCAUCAUCCCUACCCAACCUAUAUGUUAUCUCACCCCUCUCUUUCUCUUCCUCUACACUCUGUUUUCUCCUUAGGAUUCUCGCUAUCUACUUACAAAUUCCGACUUCAUCUUCUGUGCAAGUUCAUUUUCCUUUCCCUUGUUUAAAUCUCUUUGUUUUUCUCUCACACCAUCAUCCCCUGUCACCCAUCCCCAACUUACACUCUACCUUCGUUGAUCAUUCAUUCAAAGGCUCUAUUUUUUGAAUCGUGGAGUGAUUCUGGGGGACUUUUGACUGUAACGUGCAGGAUGGGCAGGGUAAAGCUAAAGAUUAAGAGGCUGGAGAACACCAAUGGUCGCCAGGCGACUUUUGCUAAAAGAAAGAAUGGAAUCAUAAAGAAGGCUACUGAAUUAUCAAUAUUGUGCGAUAUAGAUAUCAUACUGCUCAUGUUCUCUCCAUCUGGCAAGCCCUCAUUGUGCAGAGGAAGACGCAGUAACAUGGAGGAGGUUAUUGCAAAGUUUGCCCAGUUAACUCCACAGGAAAGAGCAAAAAGGAAGUUGGAGAGUUUGGAGGCACUGAAAAAAACAUUUCGGAAGCUAGACCAUGAUGUCAAUAUACAAGAAUUUCUGGGUACAAGUAGUCAAACUAUUGAGGACCUAAGGAAUCAAUCCAGGUUAUUACAAACUCAAAUUUCUGAAAUGCAUAAAAGAUUAAGCUAUUGGAUGGAUCCUGACAAAAUAAACAAUAUGGAACAAUUGGCACAAAUGGAAAAUUCAAUCAUGGAGUCUCUUAAUCACAUUCGAAUAUGCAAGGAAAAUGUACAGAAGCAACAACUUGCGAAAUUGGAAUGCACUAACCAGUUCAAUGAGAUGCAGAUUCCCUGCAGAAUCAGUACUGAUCAACAUCUUCAAUCACUUUCAUGGAUUCCUAACAAUGACGGUCACCAUAUAUUACCUGAGGACUCAGACUUGCUUCUUCACAAAGAACUUGAGUGCUCUGCAAGCUCUUCCUUUGGGAGUUAUGCCAGUUAUCUUGGCUCAAGUGCAAAAACAGAAAUGUCUAGUUCUGGGCAAGAAAAUGGUGUCAUCACUGAAUUGACCAGUAAUGCUCCCCUGAGACUUCAAUUGAGCGGGCAGUUUCAAUAUGGACUUCCAUACAAUUUCAAUUUACUGGAUGAUACGAAGUUCCAAUCAGCUGUGGACAUUAUUCCACAUGAAAACCCCUCAGAUUAUCACGUACAUGGAAGCAUUGAAGCGCCUCGACCUGGAUGUGACAAUAACCACCGUGGAUGGGCUUCCACAUCAGGGUCCAGUGCUAUAACUAUGUUUGAUGAGCAAUUGUAUGCCCAGCAACCAAACUGGUCCCUCCAGGCAUCCGCUAAUGAUGUUGCUAGAGAACUUCAGUCAUGCUUGUGAAGCCUACACUUCCUGCAAAAAAUAAAAAAUAAAAAAUAAAUAAAAAAAAAUCUCAUUAGAUGUUGGUUUUAGGUAUUUUAUCAAGUUUCUCUUAUUAAGUGUAACAAGUGGAUAUUUUACGUUGUGAAGUAAGUACCACAUAAUUGGGUUUUAAAAAGAAGGAAAAAAAAAUCAGGCUUAGGUGGCAGAUCUCUUUUACAUCUGAAGUUUGAUGUAUGAUUUUCUAAUUGAAAUAUAACAAGUAUAUAGUUUAGUUAA